AUUUUGAAACAGCUCUUCCUAGUAUUACAAAAGAAGACAUUUUGAAUGAUAUCAGUGCUGCAGAGACCAAAAUAACCGAGUGGAAGAGCCAUAUUGUGAGAUGCAUCAAUCAAGAUUAUGCCAGAAUUCACCAACUUCAAGAACUGCAAUUUGGAGAUGUUCUGCUGAUCAUGGACUGGGCUAUGAAGUUCCUUCCAAUAGCUUUUAGAGAAAAACAAAGUGACUGGUAUGGCCAGAAAGGUGUUAACUGGCAUGUCAUAGUAUGCAUCUUUAAAGAUGAAACUUUGAAUCUAAAGCACAGAACAUUUGUUCACUUGAUUGAUAGUAUAAAGCAGGACUGGAUUGCUGUAGCUUCCAUACUUGAAAGUACUUUGACCGAAAUUAAGGAGCAGCUGCCUGAUGUCAGACGUGCAGUACUGCGUAGUGAUAAUGCAGGCUGCUAUCACUGAGGAAACUUGUGGUUGGCCAUCCCUGGGAUAAGCAGACGCACAGGAAUUCGUGUGACCAGGUAUGACUAUAGUGAGGCGCAAAAUGGGAAAUCGUACUGCGACGCAAAGAUUGCACACAUGAGGGGAAAGCUACGAAAAGUGGCAGCAACAGGGCUCAGUAUCAUCACAGCUGCAGAUAUGAAAGAUGCUAUUGAUAAAGAUGGAGGAAUCCUUGGCUGUCAAGCUGCCCAUGUUGAAUUGUCUUCUCAAUUGGGAUUGUCAAUUCCAAAAAACCCAAUAAAAGGGGUUUCAAAAAUAUCAAAUAUCACAUUCGGCCAUGACAAUGAACUGAAGACAUGGAGAGCUUACAAUAUUGGGGAAGGCAAAGAGUUGGUGACUGAAGUUGAAAAUACACCUCUCCUGAAACUUGAUGUAAAGACAGCCUUCAAACUUCCUUGGUCUGGUGUUGAAGGGUCCAUCAAAGAACCUCACCAAGACAGCCACUCUGGUGAUGACCAGCUCAUAAGUUGUCCGGAAACUGGUUGCACAAGCAGUUUCAACAGCUACUCUGAUAUGCAGAACCACUGUUUAUUAGGUAGCCACCAAUUACAUCUCCAGAGGUCUUCUACAUAUGAUAUGAUAAAAAUUCGUUGGAAAGAUGCUUGUGUGAACCUUACGGAGAACUUUCUUAAGGACAGGGAAGAAGCAGACUGCAGGCAUGGAGAAUCAAAGUCAAACAUGGGCUGGGCCUUGAAGAAGGACAAAAAGACUGUUCGUUUUUCAGAGGAAGUGAAGCAUUAUCUUCAGGAUAUAUUUGAUCAAGGGGAAAGAUCUGGAAACAAGGUUCAUCCAUCAGUUGUGGCUCAAAACAUGAGGGUUGCGGUAAAGGAAGAUGGAAGCAAAAGAUUCAAGCCCCAUCAGUAUCCUGCACUUGGACAGAUUUCUUCUUAUUUUUCAAGACUUGCAGUCAUCAGAAAGUCCUUAGUAAAUUCCACAGAAUUCAAUGAUGAAGAUCUUGAAUCUGUUCUUUUGGAAAUAAGAAAGGCUGAAGCUUCUGCCAAGUUGUUAGAUUGAAAGUGAUAUCUGUUAUGCACAUAUAUGUACAUGUAGUAAUCACUAGGUUAUUGUGUUACAUGCCUAGCCCUCUAUCAAAACUGUGAAAUUCAUAACCCCCUCUUAUUGGCCCAAUUAGGUUUGACAGAGUUGGAGGUACAUGUAUAUUUAUGAAACGUUCCUCAUUUUUUAUAAUAUUGUAAUGUUGUUCCUUUCAAUUUCCAAAUUAUUUUUUGUGCAAGUGUCAUGUGCGGUUAUGGGCCGCUUCACAUGUAAACUCUUUUUUCUUCUUCAUUAUUUACAUAUUUUCAAGUUAUAA